AUGAUCGCAAUUGGUAUGGAAGGCUCGGCCAACAAACUGGGCAUCGGCAUCAUGCUGCAUCCCAAGGAUGGCAGCGCCCCGCAGGUCCUCGCCAAUAUCAGACACACCUAUGUCUCCCCACCAGGCGAGGGCUUCCUGCCCAAGGAUACAGCGCGCCAUCACCGAUCAUGGGUUGUGAAGCUGGUCAAGCAAGCUCUCAAAGAGGCUAAGGUGUCCGUCGACGAUGUGGACUGCAUUUGCUUCACCAAAGGACCCGGAAUGGGUGCCCCGCUACAGAGUGUGGUAAUCGCCGCGCGGAUGUUGAGUUUGCUGUGGGGUAAAGAGCUGGUCGGGGUGAACCACUGUGUUGGACACAUCGAAAUGGGCCGCCUCAUCACUGGCGCAACAAACCCAGUCGUCCUAUACGUCUCCGGCGGUAACACGCAGGUCAUCGCAUACAGCUCGCAACGAUAUCGCAUCUUCGGCGAGACCCUCGAUAUGGCAGUAGGGAACUGUCUAGAUCGGUUCGCGCGCACGCUGCAUAUCUCCAACGACCCAGCACCAGGAUAUAACAUUGAACAGCUAGCGAAGCAAGGAAAGCAGCUAGUCGAUCUUCCAUACGUCGUGAAGGGCAUGGACUGUUCAUUCUCCGGGAUCCUGGCUGCGAUCGAUGGUCUCGCUAAGCAGUGGGGGCUAGGCGGGGAGGAGAAGGCGCGAGAAGAUGAACAGAAGACGGUUGAUUCUAUCACCGCGGACGAGUCAUUAGAAGGCAAGCCCACACGCGCAGAUUUGUGCUUCUCUCUCCAGGAAACUGUCUUCUCAAUGCUCGUUGAGAUCACCGAGCGCGCAAUGGCGCAUGUUGGAUCGAAGCAGGUUCUUAUUGUUGGUGGUGUUGGCUCCAAUGAGCGUUUGCAGGAGAUGAUGGGUAUCAUGGCACGGGAUCGCGGUGGAAGUGUUUACGCAACGGAUGAGCGGUUCUGUAUCGACAACGGGAUUAUGAUUGCACAGGCUGGUAUGCUGGCAUACGGGACCGGAUUCCGGACACCCUUGAGCGAGAGUACUUGUACCCAGCGGUUCCGUACGGAUGAAGUGUUUGUGAAGUGGCGGGAUUGA